ACGCUAAUUCCAAGUCAGAAUGUUUAUGAGGGAGCCCCCCUGACGAUGGUUGUCGAGGCCUGGGGCAACCCUUUGCCUUUUCUGCGUUGGUAUCGGGACGGUCAGCCAUUGGAUGGGGUGCAAGAGUGUAGGAUUACGCAAAUGGGCCCCCCUCUCGAAGAUGUCACUGAGACUCAAGAGACUCCAGUUCGCAUGACCGGCCAGUUAAUCAUCAACGAAAUCUUCCCUGAUGACGCUGGAAUGUACACGUGCGUGGCUGAAAAUACAGUUGGUGUGGCGGAGACGGCGACCCAAGUGGACGUAAUUCAAACUCGUAAGUUGCUUUAG